GGUCUGCUAUGCUGGAUCGCAAUCCGAAAGCUCGGCAUCGUGGGCCUCUUCGUCUAUAUGGACGACUUCUUCGGAUGGGAUUAUGAAGGCCAUACGGUCGUCUACAAGGGUCAUACCUUUACCCGGAAGCAGGCUCAGCUACUCGUGCUCUGGGACGCGAUUUCGUGUCCAUGGGAAGCACGAAAGCAGCAGUUCGCUGGUCAGCUUACCAUCAUCGGAUUCCACAUUAACGCCAAUCUCGGUACGAUUUCUCUGCCACCGUCUGCAAUCGCGAAGGCCCUGGAGGACAUUGAUCGCUUCCUUGCUCAUCCAAAGCGCCAACCAGCCCUACGUGACUGGCAGCGCCUCGCAGGGCGGCUCAACUGGCUUCUCAAUGUGCUACCCUGGGGUCGACCGGCAUUGACUGAGCUUUAUCGCAAAAUGUCAGGCAAAACGCAGUCCUUCCGGGCAAUCUACCUGAACCGCGAUGUUAUCUCCGACCUCACCUGGUUCAAGCAGACGAUACCGCGUUCCAUUGGUGUCCGGUUCGUCGACAACGGUCGCUGGGCAAUUUCCGAAGCCGACAUC